AUGCCUUCUUAGCAAAGGGCUCUGCUACUCUGGACAAACUGAAAGACCUCUGUAACGACGGGAAAGAGCAUCCUUCCAGGCUUUUGCAGCUCUAUAUGCAGGCUGUCUUAGACAUUACAUACUUUGAGGAAAACCAGCUUGUGGAUGAAGAUUUUCCAGAAGAAUCUUCCUUGCAAAAAGUUAAAGAACUUAUUUGUAUUCUUUCAGAACCAGAAGACCUAGUGAGGGAAUGCAACAUAAAGGAAGAACCCAUCAGCAUCCUUGGUGCAGAGCUGUUAGAAUGCCUUUACUGGAGAAAAGGAGCCCUGCUUUACAUGUACUGUCAUACAGCAAAAGAAAGGAGUGAAUGGCUACGACAAAACAUUGAUGUAUUUAAAAAGUGUCUUAGUGAUGGAGUUCAUUACUUGAUGAAGAUGCUUAGCUUUAGAUGCCCUCUUCAGCUAAAUGAAGAUGUCUCAAUUCAAGAUAAAGACACAGCUAGAUUACUCAGUGAAGCUAUAUUUAGUGACACUCACUUACUGGCGAUGAUGUACAGUGGAGAAAUGUGCUACUGGGGACUGCGACAUUGUGGAGAAGGGAAGCAGGAAAGCCUUGAAAUGAUAGAUUCCAUCUCCAACAGUGACCAGGGCUGCAGAUCACAGAGCAUGUCGCUGGAUUUCCGAGAAACGGGCAAAAACAUGUUAACAAAAUACGUGGCUGUAUGUGAGGGACCUUUAAAAGGACGAGGGUGGAAUACAACAACUGCAAAACAAAUGCUGUGUUACUUCGUGAACUCCCACAACUAAAAGACAGUGUUUUGGCUGUUGCUGGAAGAAACCUUGCGACCAAAGAGCGCGCUGUGGUCUCUGCUUCAGUCUUCUUAUCAAAAUGUAUACUUUUCUUGCAUUAAAAACAUGCAU